AUGCCUACGUGGAAUCAAAUUCAAUCACAGUUAAGAAACCCUAAUAAUCCUGUAGUUUUUUUCGACAUAACAGUAGGAACAACAGAAAUAGGUCGUAUGAUUUUUGAACUUUUUGCUGAUGUAGUACCGAAAACAAGUGAAAAUUUUAGAGAAUUCUGCACUGGAGAAUAUAGAAGAGAUGGCGUACCCCUUGGGUAUAAAGGAGCGACCUUCCAUAGAGUUAUAAAAGAUUUUAUGAUCCAAGGAGGUGAUUUUGUUAAUGGAGAUGGUACUGGAGUUAUGAGUAUUUAUGGUGGAAGUACCUUCGCAGAUGAAAAUUUUGUAUUGAAACAUGAUUCACCAGGACUUUUAUCAAUGGCCAACAGUGGAAAAGACACAAAUGGCUGUCAAUUCUUUAUCACAUGUGCCAAAUGUAACUUUCUAGAUAAUAAACAUGUUGUGUUUGGCAGAGUUAUAGAUGGUUUAUUAGUAAUGAGAAAGAUAGAAAAUGUACCAACGGGUCCAAAUAAUAAGCCAAAAAUCCCUGUAACAAUAUCACAAUGUGGCCAGAUG